AUGGAAGAGUUGGAGGCGAGCGUGUUCGUACCUUUCAAGCAUCUGCUGAAGGCGCCCUCGCGCAAGGCCGUCGAGGAGAUGUUCGCUGCCGCCUACAAGGCGCGGCACGUUCAUCCGCCCCCGCCUAAACUCGUCGAGGCUACCGCCGCGGCCCUUCAAAUCGAGGCCCCCGAGGCCCUCAAGAGCAUGAGCGCGUUGGCUGCACGAGCGGUGUUCGAGGACGCCACCUCGGUCGAAGCCGUCGCCGAACUCUUCCCGGCCGAGGCCAGGCGCCUGGGCAUGUCGCUGACGAACGUGAAUGCAUUCACAUUCUCAGGAUUCCACGCCAAUCUGGGCAAGCUGCUGUGUCAGGUGGUGGCCCAGAACGCGCCUGCCUGGAGGCGCGAGGCCGCGUCGGGCGCCAACACCAUCUCCCUCCCCAAACUCGCUGAGAUUGAUUGGCGCAUCGACGUGAAGAGCGCAUCGGAGCGGGGCCGCAUGAGCGUGCCCACCGUCCUCGUGCAGCUGCAGGUCGAGAAGUCGCCCUCGCGAGUGGACGAAGAGACACAACACGAGAACGUCACCUUCGAGCUCGACCGGGCCACGUUGGAGACGAUGCUGGAGGGGUUGGGCCGAAUCAGGGAUCAGCUCAACACCAUCUCCACCCAGUAG